GAUACCAACUAAGGAAAUAUUCAAGAAAAAGUGUCUUGAUUAAUUUUUGAAUGAUUACAAAGUCCUCUUUAAAUAAAGAGAGUAAUAAUAGAAAAAAAGGAAAACUAAAUUUAAAUAUGGACAGCAGCCAAUUUUUCUUAAUUUACAGAUUUGACUAUCUAUAUUUACAUAUAAUACAAAUCCUAGCAUAUAUCUGUGAUAUGGCUGAAUCAAAGCUAAAUCCCUAAUUGACAGAAUUCCCAACAGCGAUCACCUUCAGAGACUUAUUAUUGUAUGGUUGGGAAUUAUUAUAUCAAGUUAAUGCUUAGUAUUGUGUUAUCAGGGGUGUUGAUGACCCUGCUUUGUGGGCUGGAGAAGUUGGAAAUAGCUGGCGCACAACAGAUGACAUUAAUGAUUCAUGGCAUGACCACUAUAGCCGAUCUGAAUGAUAAAUGGGCAGCAUAUGCAGGACCUGGUGGAUGGAAUGAUCCAGAUAUGUUGGAAGUUGGUAAUGGAGGCAUGACCUAUCAGGAGUGUCGCACACAUUUCAGCAUCUGGGCUUUGAUGAAGGCCCCGCUUUUGAUUGGUUGUGAUGUAAGAAACAUGACAGCAGAAACUUAUGAGAUUCUAACAAAUAAGGAAGUCAUUGCUGUAAACCAAGACCCGCAUGGGGUUCAGGGAAGGAAAGUUCAAACUUCUAGAACAGAUGGUUGCCUACAGGUCUGGGCAGGCCCUUUGACUGGACAUCGCAUGGCUGUUGUUCUCUGUAACCGAUGUUCAAAAUCUGCAACUAUUACAGUUAGAUGGGAUGCACUUGGGGUCGAAUCUGGCACCACUGUCGUGGUGCGAGACCUGUGGCAGCACAAAGACAUUACAGGAGAUUCAGCAGCAUCAUUUGGUACUCGAGUAGAUGCACAUGCUGCUCAAUGUAUAUUUUUACUCCCAGGACAGUGUUGCGUGCUGAAAGUUAGUUUCUUGUAUGGUGUGAUUCUACUUAUGCAUAUACGCUUCAGUGUUAAUGCAUCUAAUCCCUGUGAAGAUGAGAUGAGUGUGUUAUUAUAGCAGUACGUUAAUCCCUUUUUAUUUA